UUUGACAUCCCCACCGGAAGUCCCGCGUCGAACCAUGUUAACUUGACGCCGCUCUGCGGUGAUAACAGAGACACCGAUUCCUCUGGAAAUACCGGCCAGAUUUGGCAUUUUCCAGCCGCGUAUAAUUAGAGCUAAUAGGAUUUAACGGAGACUAACGGACCGACGGGGCGUGAAGAAGAUAUUUGAAAUCAUGCUAACACACCCGCUGACAUUGAACGAGACCGACGACAGGAGGCGUGGCCUGACAGCUGUGAGCCCGCCCCCUACUCUCCCAUUGGCUGAUGAGGGUGAUGAAGAUGAAGACACACAAACGGAAGUUUUCUCUCCUCUCGUUCCUCCAUGGAGCUCCUCCUCCUCUUCCUCCUCCUCCUCACCUUCCUCUUCUCCUCUCUGUGCCCUCUUUCCAUCCUCGGCUCCUUCUCUAAAUCCUCCUCCCUCCUUCUCCUCUCCUUCAUCUUUCACUCGUCUUCUUCCUUCUUUCUCAUCUACAACUUUUUCCGCUCCUCCUCCUGCGCCCCUCGUUUUGCCUCCUUUAUCUUCUGUCUCUCCUUCUCCUCUUUCCUCUGCACCCUCCUCUCGUCCUCCUUCUACAUCUUCCUCUCCUCUUGUGCCUCCAUCCCUCCUACCCCUGACUCCUGCUCCUCCUGCUCCCUUUAUGUCACCGUCUCCUCCUGUGGCUCCUUUUGUUUUUCAUCUUCAUCCUUUUCAUUCCUCCUCCGAUUCCUCCUCCUCCUCUACUCCCCCUCUUUCUUUUUCUCCUCCUUCCUCCCAUUUGUCUUCUCUUUCUUCAUUCCUCCGUCCUUCACCUCCUUCUUGUCCCUAUCAUUCUCCGCCUUGUUCUUCUGCUCCUCUUCACCACUCUUCUUCUCAUGUUUCUAUUCCUGUCCUUCGUUCUCCUCCAUCUUCCUCUCCUCCAGUUUCUCCUCUUCCUGUCCCUUCAUCACUUGUUUCCUGUCCUUCAUCUUCUUGUCCUACAGUUUCUCCUCCUCCUCCCGUCCCUCUAUCCCUUCUUUCCUGUCCUCUUCCUUCCCCUCCUCCCUGCUGCCCUUGCUCCUCCCUCCUACCUCGCCUCCUCUCAGCUCACCGGUCGGAGGUGCGGCGCCUCCUGCGAGGAGCUCUGUCAUCCAUCGGCCGUCGCCUGGACUCUCUGGAGAGGAGCAGCAGGAUGAAGAGGACGAGAAAGAGGCGCGGGCAGAAAGGAGAAGGGGAAAGAGCCUGUUCUCCUGGUUUCGGAGUAUUAGGCCCCGCCCCCUUAUGUAGCCCCGCCCACCAUCCACCUGUUACCACCUCCCCUUCAUCAGACAGCGAGGACUCAACCACACCUCCUCUUUCCUCUAGUUUGAGCCAGUCAGAACCGAGGAGGAGGAGGAGGAGGGAGGAGAAGGAGGAGGAGGAGGAGGAGGAGGGAGGGAAGUUAAGGAAAAGGAGGAAGAACCACAGAGGAAGAGAUAUUACUAUUUAUACAGAAAACGGAGAAGAACAGAAAGAAGAAGAGGAGGAUGCUGGGAGAUUUGUGGGGCGUAUGGUGGUCUCCUUCAGAAAAGGAGCAGAGGAGGAGGCGCCGCUCACUCUGUACAGAUUCAACCACAGGAAACACAGGAGAAGAGGAGGGGAAGGAGCCAGCCAAUCAGAAAAGGCCGUCAGUGUCGUCAGUCAGAAUGGAUUCAGCCUCAGCUCCUCUUCCCAUCAUGCUUUGCACCUCCUGCAGACUGCCGGGAGUGGUUGGACCGGCAGCCAAUCAGAAGCCCUCAACAUCUCUUCAGGCCAAUGGCGUUUCUCUGACUUCCCCUCUCCUCCCUCCCUCUCCUCCAAUCACAGUGCUUUCCACAUAUGGCACCUAUGCUCCUCUUCCUCCUCCUUUAUUACCACCCCAAUGCUGCGGCUGUCAGACGUUGCCGUGGAGACAAUGUCAAAGUCAGUAAGGGGCGGAGCUAUCAGGAGUCCCAUGCGGUGCCUAAAGGAUCUGACGGUCCCGCCCAGUCUGAGCAGCGACCACUGUUACGUGCGAACGCCUACACCAAGCCCAACCUUUUCUGCCCGACGACAGCAGAAACAGCGGGCCAAUCACAACACCCGCAGCCUCCACCUCCCCCAGCGAUGGCCCCUGCCCCUCCCACUAUGUUCAGCCAAUGGGCUGUCUGCUGCUCCGCUUGCCAUCGGCCAAUCAGAAGCAACUUCUGAGUUUCUCAGCACAAAUGGAGAGCGCUGUAAACGAGUGUCACAGAUACGAAUCCGCCGGGCGUCACCGCGGGAAACGCCGCUCACGCCAAUGGGACUACCAAAGGUCAAAAGGUCAAAGAAGAAAGAGUUCAGUCUGGAGGAGAUUUACACGAACAAGAACUACAAAUCCCCCACCACAAACAGGAGUCUGGAGACUAUCUUCGAGGAGCCGCGGGAAAAAAACGGCGCCCUGCUCCUGAUUGGUCAGCAGAGGAGGCGCAGGCUCCUCCUCUUCCCUGACUUCACUCAACCCAGGAAGAGGAAGAGGCCCCAUGGGGCGGGACUUCCUUUUGCUUUGGUGCCCCGGAAACGUGCGGCGGCAAGGCGACAUUGCCAUGGCGGCGGUCCAAUUGACGACGACGCAGACCUGGACGUGAUGCUGGUGGAGCGACUGAGCGCGCUCGAAGACUUCCUAACGCGGCAGGGCCUGGAUGUGUAAACUGUGACAUCACUUCCUGUCAGCUGACCAAAGGCCAAAUACACAGUGCUGCUAGCACAACUGCUAUUUUUUUUUUUGCAGUUUACUUGAUUUCUUUUGUUUGUAUUUGACUUCUUCUUCUCUUUAUUUUACGGCCUCGGCUGUUUAAAUGUGAAUUUUCUUAAAUAUUUAAUAUUUGUACUAGUUUUUUAACGGAUGACCUAUCAGGAGGCCACGCCCACACAUGGCUUUAUUUGAAUUUUUAAGUUUUUUGUGUUUCGGGAAAUAUAAUAAUACUUCACUGCUGAUCUCUGUAGUACUCUGAAAUACUGUCUUAAGUACUAUGUAGUACUUUACUGGUGGUGAAGCAUUUGGAGUUUUUAAAGUGUAAUAAUAUAUAUUUCUGGUGAAAAUGUGUCUAUUUUUUGAACAAAUAAAGUGUGUUUAUGCUCACUGAA